CACCAGUCAACCACAGAUGGAAGAGGGAACCUUAUAAUAAGUAAUCUUUGGUACGUAGCCUACAGUCCCACCCAAACAUGGCUGAUACAGAGACAGCCGAGGAAUCUUCUUCAGGAAUUUUGCAAGAAAUGUUCACGUCCCCGUUGAAUUUGAGUCUGCUUGGCCUCUGCAUAUUUAUUUUACUCAGAAUCUUCUGCGGAGACAAGCCUGCAGAUAUGGGCGAGGUUGAGGAACCUCUGCCUAAACUCAAGAACAGAGAUUUCACUUUAGCGGAGCUGCAACCGUACGAUGGGCUUCAAAAUCGAAGAAUUCUCAUGGCUGUCAAUUCAAAGGUGUUUGAUGUAACCACAGGAAAGAAAUUAUACGGGCCAGUGGGUCCAUAUGGAUUGUUGGCUGGUAAAGAUGCCUCCAGGGGCCUGGCCACUUUCUGUCUGGAGAAGGAGGCCCUGAAAGACACCCACGAUGACCUCUCGGACCUCAAUGCCAUGCAACAGGAGAGCCUCAACGAAUGGGAGACCCAGUUCACCCAAAAGUAUGACUAUGUUGGCAAACUUCUGAAACCUGGAGAGGAACCCUCUGAGUACACUGAUGACGAGGAGGUCAAGGACAAAAAUAAGGACUAGAACUCACAAGUGCACACAGGAAAUUCAGAUGCUUUAAUUAUUUUGGAUAAUGUGAUGCAUAUUGGCUUGUGCUGCGGCCAUUGAGCGAAAUGCUUUCUCCUGGAUGGCUUUUGCAUUAUAUCAAUGUCAUGGACCAUCACCUCUUAUGCUAUGUUCAUAUGCCACAGACCUUAAAGCCGCAAUCAGCAGUUGAAACAAUAACAAAGCAUUAUCAAGCCCCUGUUUAGGUUAAAAAAAAAACUAAAAAAACUGGAUGCAGCGACUGACCAUCCAUGAUAUAAAUGUAUAGUUUUAACUAUGUUUUUAGGCUAAAAGGGGUUUGUUUACAUUGACUUUGUUUACACACAUUGGAGUAAAAGAACUUUAUAUGUUGGGUUCUAAUGGGGUACGACAUUUUAACUAUUGAACUAAACUCGUGAGGCAUUUAUGUUAUAUUUGUCAAAAAAUAAGGGGUUAAUAUCAUUCAAUUAUAAGUCCAAAAGUGGAUGUUGCAACUGCAGAUUGCCCCUUUAACUUACCAAAAUGCACCAGAUUUUUAUGUUCAGGUUACAAUAACUUUUGAAUACCGUAGUGUUUUUGUAAAAGCAGUAUACAGGUAGUAUACACCUUUCUUGUAUUUCUCUACAUGUUUAUUUUUUGUAUAUGGUGAUGUUUUGUAUGUGAUCUUGCCAGAUUGUUUCUAUAUUUUAUUGUUCAUUUAAAAAACAAACAUCUUGGGAUACCUAUCAAACAAUCUUUUGUGUAUAAAACCAGUAGAUGAUGGUAAUACCACGGAGGGGAACCACCAGGCCACCUAAUGAUGGCUGCCGGUGUGGCCAUGAGGUGGGGGUAAGAUGGUGGACUGGAAAAAAAGGAGAAAAUUGGAACAUGUUUUGAGUGAAUAUGGAUUGGUGGAUCACACAGAACAUUUGGAAGAGCUACAGAAGCAAAUUGAACGUGACCAGAGUUGGGAUGAAUUAACUGUGGUGGCAGGUGCGGUGAAGACCGCAGAGUUUGAGCCUCAUCAUGAUGAUAAAGAUGAUUCUAGCCCAGUGGGGCUGAGAUUUUUGGAGAGAAUGGAUCCUUGCCUUCUGGCAGAUCAAUAUGUGAUGUCAGGUUGGGUGGAGAAGAGGUUUGGGAAUGUUAGGUCGGUGAAAGUGACUUGAAGUGGAAUCAUUUCAAUUUUUUGCAUUUCUGUCAUCCAGAGGGAAUAUGCACUCUGCAUCACACGACUGAGGACAAGAACUGUGACUUGCUUUCCUCUCUGGAGCAGGGCGCCGCUGAAAGGAGUGAUAACUGGAGUGCCGUUAAGUGUUGAGGUGGAUCAAAUGAAGUUAAAGAUUCUCAGUGUCUGUGACGCCCGCCGUUUGGUGUGACGCAGACCCGGUGGAGAGUGGUGAAACUGAGAAGACACUGUCUGCACUACUGAGUUGUUAUGCAGAGUUUUUACCAAAUAAAGUCAAGUAAUGAUG